AUGUCUGACGCCGGUAGAAAAGACUUCUCUGACAAAAUCCAAGAAAAGGUUAAGCCUGACAGCGAAAAGGGCUACGUGGAAAAGGGUAAGGAGUACGUGACUGACGCUGCCGACAAGGCGGCCGGAAAAUUGCAACCCGAGGAAAACAAGGGUGUGUUCCAAGGAGUGUCUGACUCCGCCCACAAGGGUAAGGAAGAAGCUCAGGGCAAGUCGAUCUCCGAACAAGCUGGCGAGUACGUGGACGCAGCCAAGACCAAGCUCAACGACGCUGCCGAGUACAUCUCGUCUUCGAUCCACGGCGGCGAGUCCAAGUAA